CAGGAUGUUGUCCGACACGUGAUUAAUUCAGUAUGGCGGAGCUGUUGACCGAAUGAGUUUUUACGUUACCGACGGGUCCUAAAACCCUGAACCGUGGAUGCUCCUGGAGACCAGCCAUUUGCGCCAAAGGGUGCUCUCAACUCAGAGCCUAACUGGAAGGAAUCGUGCCCCGUCUCCACCUGUGGCUCCGGUGUGAUGAAGCCUUGACGCACAACCGCCCUCUGUCCCGUCCUCGGCCCGGCACCUUCACCCGGCUGGCCGGGGAAAACUCAUGGUGCCCGUCAAGUCUGCCUGGCAACGGCAAAGAUGAGCUCUCACAGUCGCUCAGGUGGCUUCACCAGCAACGAGCAGCCCGUGGAACUUCUCAAACCAGCUGCACUCAACCAUUUCGUGGACGUGAGCUCGGCAGCGCUGCCCAUGCAGGUGCCCCCCACCACCACAGCUAUCCUUCCAAUGGACCUGCGCGUAGUGGACCACCCCCACCACCAUCACCACCGCCACCACCACCAGCAGCCCCCCUUCGGCCUGGGUCCACAACACCACCCUACGCCGGCGGUCUCUGCUGCCUGCCCUGCGUCCUCUGAGCCAGGCCGCGGUCCAGUCAUCAAUCAGCCGGAGCAGCAGCUGCAGCAGGAGCUGGUAACCCUCAAACACAAGCAGCAGCUCCAGCGGCAGCUCCUGAUCGCCGAGUUCCAGAGGCAGCACGAGCAGCUGUCGCGACAACAUGAAGUCCAGCUGCAGGAGCAUGUCAAGUCUUGUGUCUCUCUCCACCAGCACCAACAGGACUUACUGGCGCUCAAGCACCAACAGGAGCUGUUGGAGCACCAGAGGAAGAUGGAGCAGCAGCGUCUUGAGCAGGAGAUGGAGAAGCAGCAGCGGGAGCACAAACUCCUGCAGCUCAAAAACAAGGAGAGGGGGCAGGAGAGUGCCGUCGCCAGUACAGAGGUUAAGAUGCGACUUCAGGAGUUUGUCCUGAACAAGAAGAAAGCGCUGGCUCAGCGGAGCCUUAACCACUGUCUGCCCAGCGACCCGCGCUUUUGGUAUGGAAAAACCCAGCACAGCUCUUUGGACCAGAGCUCUCCUCCCCAAACGGCAUUGUCAGCGUACACCCACCCGAUGCUGGGCACAUACGACUCAAAAGACGACUUCCCUCUCCGCAAAACAGCCUCGGAGCCCAACCUGAAGCUUCGCUCCCGGCUAAAGCAGAAGGUGACGGAGCGCCGCAGCAGCCCUCUUCUCCGGAGGAAAGAUGGCGCCAUCACUACCGCCAAGAAGCGUUCCCUAGACGUGGCUGAGUCCGCAUGCAACAGCGCACCAGGCUCAGGUCCCAGCUCCCCCAACAACAGCUCCAGUAACAUCCCCAGUGAGAACGGGGUCACCAUCUCCAGCAGCCCAGGAGAGGCCUCCCUGCUUCACAGGUUGGCUGCAAGGGAGGGUUCAGUCAGCCAGCUGUCUCUCUACACCUCCCCUUCUCUGCCCAACAUCACCCUGGGACUGCCAGCCACAGGCCUGGCCAGCGCUGUGGUGUCAGGACACCAAGAUGGUGAGAGUCGCCUGGCGUUGACCGCGCUACAGCAGGGGAUUCCUCUGACCCCUCCGUUCCUGCCCACGGCCCACCUGCCCUCCUACUUGGCGUCUUCAGCUCUGGACAGGGAGGGGGCCGGAGGGGGCACAGCGGGUCACAACCCCCUCCUCCAACACAUGGUGCUGCUGGAGCAGAGCCACAAUCCAAUGGUUGGUCUGGCUGGCCUCCCGCUGCCAUCGCCCUCUGUCUCCAAACUUGCUCGGGGCCACCGUCCCCUGGGGAGAACCCAGUCGGCCCCUCUGCCCCAGCAGCAGUGUGGACAGGCCCAGGCCCUGCAGCAGCUGGUGGUCCAGCAGCAACACCAGCAGUUCCUGGAGAAACACAAACAACAGUUCCAACAGCAGCAGCACAUCAUCAACAAGAUCAUGUCCAAGCCCGGUGAUCAGGUCUCGGCUGCGAGCUCCAGCGCCUCGGGGCCGGCCAGACAGCACCAGAGUCACCCAGAAGAGACGGAGGAGGAACUCAGGGAGCACCAGGGACUCUCCCUUUCAUCCCCGUCGUCGUCCUCAACAUCCGCGCAGGAGACGGGGCCUCUGCGAGGGCUAGUCAUCAAGCAGGAGCCCCCAGACCCCCAGGAGCACCAGCAGGAGGAGAGAGAGAUGGACUACCUGUUCCGACAGCAGGCUCUGCUGUUGGAGCAGCAGCGGAUCCACCAGCUGAGGAACUACCAAGCCUCCAUGGAAGCAGCCGGGUUGUCGAUCAGCUUCGCCGGACACCGUCCCCUCUCCAGGGCUCAGUCGUCCCCAGCCUCCGCCUCCUUCCCCAUGGUGGUUCAGGAGCCGCCGGCCAAGCCUCGAUUUACAACAGGUCUGGUGUAUGACUCUUUGAUGCAGAAGCACCAGUGUAUGUGCGGCAACACCACCAGCCAUCCAGAGCACGCCGGACGCAUCCAGAGUAUCUGGUCGCGACUACAGGAAACCGGCCUCAGGGCUCACUGCGAGUGUAUCCGCGGUAGGAAGGCCUCGCUGGAGGAGUUACAGACGGUCCACUCCGAAGCCCACGUCCUGCUCUACGGAACCAACCCGCUGCGGCAGAAACUGGACUGUUCAGUGAGUCCCAUGUUUGUGAGGUUACCGUGCGGAGGCAUAGGGGUGGACAGCGACACCAUUUGGAACGAGGUCCAUUCAUCCAGUGCGGCUCGUCUGGCCGUCGGCUCGGUGGUGGAGCUGGUCUUCAAAGUAGCGUCGGGUGAACUGAAGAAUGGUUUCGCUGUAGUUCGACCACCUGGACACCACGCUGAGGAGAGCACGCCUAUGGGCUUCUGCUACUUCAACUCGGUCGCCAUAGCAGCCAAGCUGCUGCAGCAGAGACUCAAUGUCAGUAAAGUGCUCAUCGUGGACUGGGAUGUUCACCAUGGCAAUGGCACCCAGCAGGCCUUCUACGCAGACCCCAGCAUCCUCUACCUGUCGCUGCAUCGCUACGACGAUGGGAACUUCUUCCCCGGCAGUGGAGCGCCUGACGAGGUGGGCAGUGGAGCAGGUGAGGGCUUCAAUGUGAACAUGGCCUUUACUGGAGGACUGGAACCUCCCAUGAGUGAUGCAGACUACCUGGCUGCAUUCAGGACGGUGGUUAUGCCUAUUGCCAACGAGUUCGCCCCAGACGUGGUUCUGGUAUCUUCGGGCUUUGAUGCGGUAGACGGACAUGCUCCACCCCUGGGAGGAUACAAGCUGACAGCCAAAUGCUUUGGCUACCUGACCAGGCAGCUGAUGGGUCUGGCAGGCGGUCGGUUGGUGCUUGCCCUGGAGGGAGGUCACGACCUCACGGCCAUAUGUGAUGCCUCCGAAGCCUGCGUCUCUUCUCUGCUUGGCAAUGAGUUGGACCCCAUUCCUGACGAGGUGCUGCAACAGAUACCGAAUGCCAACGCUGUCCACUCUAUGGAGAAAGUUCUUGAAAUACAGAGUAAAUACUGGCGCUCGCUGCAGCGCUCCGCCUCCACACUCGGUUGCUCGCUGAGCGAAGCCCUCCGGCGCGACGCAGAGGAGGCUGAGACCGUCUCCGCCAUGGCCUCAUUGUCCGUCGCCAACAAGCUCGUUGGAAAGAGGGCUGAAGAGGAACCCAUGGAGGAGGAAGCUACUAUGUAAAGAAACAUCAUCUUCCGUCUUCAUCUUUGACAGUGUCCUCACUCAGUUGGCGUCAAUUUAAAUGCCACUCCCGCGUCUCACCCCUGCCACACACACGGCAUGUGAUUGUGGGUGAGAACGAGCAGAGCGGACAAAAGUGGCACUCGGAGGGAAACGGGAACACUGAAGGCGAGCGACGCAUUCACUGAUCAGCGGUGCACAGACUGAUCAGCAUACAUGUGUUGCAUUGUCUACAAGACCUUGGAUGUAAGAGGGACGACUCAACCCCGCCACAAUGACAACCUCGAGUGCCAGUGCUUUUAAAACACUAGACAUGAUGUACUUUUUUUGAAUGGCAGUCAGAAACGAUCCGUCGUCAUCCGCUUUUCUUAUUGUUCUGUUCUUUCUGCGCUUUAUCGUCACCUUCACACCUUUCAUCAAAAACCACCAGAGCUAUUGUGAUUGUGACUCAUCGUGGAUGAAUCAUCCCUGCUUUUUUAAGACAUCCGGACGAACAGAACAAAGUGGUCGAAUUUCUUGCUGUUUACCGAGGUGGUUGAAGAUUACAGAUGAGAAACGUCGGCAGGUGUUCUGAUUCCAAAAUGACUGACAGUGAAAGACUGUGCGUCCGUGCCUUUUUUUUUUUUUUCUUUUUUUUUUUUAAAACCUGGUGGAUUUUCUAUUGAACUUGCCUUAAAAAACAGGUUUUGGAACGAGGCCUCUUCUCCCCAAACCCCUUAAACAUUUCUCUCCUGGCAAGACAUUCAAUGCCUGCAUGUUGUUGGCACAUAGACUGGAGUACCAUAGCAUGUUAACCUAGAAUUCCCUGCAAGCAGCCUGCUGUCUCUCCCUGUAUCUCCAUCUUUCCUUGUUUGCCCACAUUUAAAUAAUCUUAUUUUAGAAGGUAUAGUUCCCAGCCACAGGUUGGAGGUGGUUCAGUUUCAAAGGAAGUUCCAGGUUCGAUUAGUAUUACUCAGUGGACCCCUCCUGUGUGUCUCAUCGGCCUGGCCACUUCAUGUCAAUGUUGCAUCAACGGUGGUUAGUGCAAACUUUUCUCAGUGCUCACAAUGAUGCCAUACCUUGAAGUGGAUCAGGCAGUUAUUAAUCAGUCUAAUGUUAAGCAAUUCAGUGCCACGUAAUGGGCGGGCAUUGGGGCCGCCAUUGGCAACUGGCCCAAUCAGACUGGGAUCAGCUGUUCUCAAGAGAGCAGUUAAGUACCAUGUUUUGAAAAUGAGAAUCCUAUUUUUUACAUUAGAAUCAGUCUCACCUCUUGCAGACUAAUGAGGAAUAGAGAGGAAUAACUGUUAACUCACACGGGCCAACGUGUUGAACCAGCCCUCCCUUUAAGACAACUGUGUCUCUGUGGUAACAAUGACUAAACCACCUGGGAUAUUCCACAGGGUUGUUCCAGGGCUGCACGGGCUCUCACAGCUGGUUUAACGUCUUUAGUCCCGACACAUCUGCUCCCCAAAUGUCAAGCGCUAUGAGGCAGGUGUGAGUACGUCUGCUCGUACACAGUGGAGCACAGGCUGCUCUUUAUAAACAUUCUUGUGUUGACGAAUAUUUUAAUAGCUCUUUUCUUUUUUUCUUUUUUAUUAAUUUUCCAUUUCUCUUGACCAGUGACCGAGCCAGUGGGAUAAGCACAUGUAAAAUGAUUAUGCGUGCAACUUUGAAUAGCACAUGUAGCUCAGAUUCGGCUCUGGAUGCUGAAUCCUCCCGACAUUUUAUCAAAUCUACAAACUAUAUCAAUCUUUCUUUUUUUUUUUUUUGUCAGAGCAUUUGAUUUGUAUUGAUUGUUGUCGGCCUGUAAAGACACUUUCAAUACAUUCUAUAAUACUGUACAUUACCUACCCUACCUUUAACUUUAACUAAACUGGCUAUCGCAGCCGAACCCUGCUAGCCACACAGCACACCAGCCACCAAUCGAGCCAGGUAAAAAGCCAUAAUUACAUGCAAUUAGUUUUUAAAGAAUACAUGUACGACUUAAUGUUGAUGAAACUGUCCCUGUUUUGCAGAAGUGGACUGUAACCACCUCUCCAACUUGUGUUUGGCCCCUGGGCAACUACCUUUCGCUCACCUUUGUUUCCUCUACAAGCUAAUCAUGUGUAAUGUGUUUUGUCGGUGACCAGGAAACAGAGUGCCGUGGUGUUUACUGUUGUUUACUGUACAUAGGACACCGAUCUCCUGAGUAUUCCUGCCACACACGUUUGUCAAUGACUACUCUACUUUUUUUCAUGGUUUUGCUGCCCUUUCAGUGGACUCCAGUGUCUUCUUUUUGUACCUUUUUAAUAUAUUGUUCCCGGUCCCCUUUCUGGCUGUCUCUCUGUUACAUUGUAAAGCUGACAUACUUCACAACCGGUGAGGGUCCAGAUCCGGUUUUUAUUGGACAUUACGUGACUAUGUUUUCUGGGUUCAGGGUUUUUGUGGGAGGGUUGGGAUGCAAAUGUUUCUACUUUGUAUAAUGAUGGACAAUUGUGUACUUACUGUCUGUUCAUAGUAGAUUUAUAUAUGAAAAGAAAUGAGUAUAUUAUAUAUAUAUAUAUAUAUAUAUAUAUAUAUCUAUACAUAAUGAAAUACUAUGAUCUUGUUUUUGAAGUUGGUAUUGAAAAAUGAUACUUUUGAUGGGCCUUCCGUACAGUCGGCCCUCUUUAGGGUGUUACUGAAGGCACCAUUCACUGUGCUUGGCUACAGUUGGUUACGUGUUUAGUGGCAUUUUACCGGUUGUCCUUUUGUCUUUCAACACUGAUGACUAGUUUUUGGCUUUAUCCAUCCCGUUGGUACCAUAACACUGUUACAGCAGGCGUGCCAUUGCCCUCUGCUCAUCCACACAUUUAGGCACAUAUUCCCAUUAUUCCACUUUUUUCCACAUUUUUUUUGAUGUGUGUAGGUUUAUUAUUUGUACAAACACAUUCUGGCUGCCACCUAUAAAGUUUCAGUAUUUUUAAGAAAUGUGAGACUGAAUUUGAAAAUAUGCAUUCUACACAUCGCCAAAGUGUCCAAAGGGGGGUUCUUACUCUUUCCUCAAGGUUUACAAGUUCAACCUCCAGCCCAAGAAAAAUGGGAUGGGUGUAUUUAAAUUGGAACAUGGCCAUGCCGUUAAAUCACUGUGAUGGGCCUCACAAAUGACUUCACAUGAUCAUCACUUACUUCCUUAUCUGGACAAAUGUCCUUAAGUUUUAAUUGAACUCAAUAUUCCUUUAAAUUCAUCUCGUUCACAUGUGUAAUCUCAUUCAUCAGCUAAGUGAUGCCUCAGGGUUUCAGGGUGGCGUGUCGUUUAGCAUAUCCAAAAGAUCGCAGGUGUUCCGUCCCAGCAGCAGCCCACGUCUUUCUGUCCUCACGGAACCAACAAGGACCAACGUUUUAACAAUAAUCUACUAUCUACUGCUAUUUCAUGCUCGUGUCAUCUAUUUUGUAAAUGUACAACAACAAGGGAAAAAUGGAUGUGACUGCAGUGCUUGCAGUAGAUUGUUUGCCAUAAAGUUGGUUUUCCAGUAAGUACCCAAGACAUAAUCAUGGUCUAGGCAUUUGUAGAGGGGCGUUAUUGUGCAUCCCAUUUUCAUUCAGUAUGGUUUAAACUCAUAGCCAUGUGAAAGGUACGUGAUUCUUCUGUACAUUCCUUUUAUAUCACACACCUACACCAACAUCAAUUUCUCUUGUAUUUUUUGUAAUUUUAUCUUCUGGACUUUAUUCACAUUGUUGUGAGUGUACUUCAUGCUUAUAAACGUAUGUGUGGUUGGAAUAUGAAAAUGCGUAUAGUCGGGCUAUCCUGAAUAUCACCUUUACUUGGAUACGCUGACGCGUAAACACACUUGGUGAGAUGCUUUUCGGUAACCCAGCCCCAGAACGUUCCCAGAACCUCAGCGCAGCAGUGCCAGUUGUGGGGUUUCUACUGCUGAAUGCUUGGGUUUCUCAACAGGAGCCAAAACCAGCACUGUCUGGCCACUCUGGCCGCCUGUCUACAAUGUCCAGUAACAACCAAAAAAAAAAA